GCAGUAGCAGUGUACAGAGUCCAGAGCAUUCAGUCAUUCAGUGCUGUGAGAGAUGCACUGGAUGCAUUCAGUGACGGCUUGCUCGUAGAGGGAUCUACUGAGAACUCAUACUGUCAAGAUGCCGUCUGGGAAGACUGUCAAACUCAUCCUUUAUGAGCUGCUGCAGUUCGCAUGUCUCUGUAUUCCUGUGUUUGUAGUAAUGGAGCGCUUUGCUUCUGUCAUAUGUUUCGUGAAGUCUAGUGCCACUGCCUAUUGGCUGGUGGUGGCGGCCUCUGUGGCCUAUGUGGCGUCUGUAACCCUGUUUGUGUGGGUUCCUUUGAAAUACUUCAUCCUCAGGACGCAGCGGUUCUCAGAAGUGACCAACUGGAGACCUGUUACACUUGCAUAUGUGAUCCUCAGCACUUUACCAUGCUUUGCUAUCAUCAUAGCCAGCUCAAAGGUUCAGGUUGAUGCUGAAUUUAAGAAUGAGCCCUUCACUGAACUCCCAGUCUCUCUGGUCUUGUUCUCCCUCAUUUGUGUGGACAUAGUGGAGAAAAUUCGCCCUCUUUGCCUGACUGGACAGGCAAGUGGAUUAGGGUUGGAUUUUGAGAUGCCGGUCCCAGUGUUGACUCACUCAGCGCAGGUGACAUCAGUGUCCAGACAGCUGCAGGCUAACGGACGGGACGGCGAUGCGUCUCCAAGGUCGCCAGUCAGGAAUGGGACUCUAUCGGGACAUUGGAGGGAUGCAGAUGGAGAAGGCACCACUCGCACCAGCAGCACAGCAUAUCUCUACACCUCUCAUUCUUAUUCAGGUCCGUUUCGCUUUGUCUGGAUUCAAGAACCUCGGCAUGACCUCUUUGUGGCCACCUUCAUGUUUUGGUUUGACACCGUGGAAAUGGUGAGGGUAGCCGGGACUGAUUCGGUGUAUUAUUCAGCUUGGGUGUUUCCCAUAUACAUACUGGCUUUUCUGUCCAUCCUGCGCGUUGUUAUAACUCCAGACAGUCCUUUGCUGGCUUCAUCAAGUGUCCUCACCCAAGAUUUGCCCUUCCUGGUGAUGCGUAUAUGCCUAGUGGUGGUUUUCGGUUAUGUUACGCCCGUGCUGUACAUACUAAAGAACAUUUUCACUGUGGUAUCUUUCGUGUAUUUUGUCUUUAUGACUAAACUAAAGCUGCUGAACAGAGAAAGCAUGUUCUGAGGGCAUUAUGUGAAGAACCGCUGAAGGAAUCCCUACAGAUUCGUGUAAUAUAGAUAGUAAAUAUGUUUUGGGGUUCAGAAUAAAAUGUGUAUAUUUCUUGGUUUUUAUUUUAUUUUACAGGUGGGCAAAACAGUACACAGACAUCUGAAUUCUAGUCAUUCUAUUCAUAUUUAUUGAAAAAUAUAUUGUUAUAAUACCGGUCAAAUGUUUGGAAUAAUUAGGAAAUACUGCUUUUGAAAGAAGUCUCUUAUGAUCACUAAGGCUGUA